AUGGCGGCGCUAAACGUCAUAGCCAACAUCCAGCCAUCCUUUGUCAUCUCGGACGCCGCAUUUGCCGCCAAGCGAUUGCCACCGGCGUUGCUGCUGUACUCGUACUGCUGGUACAUCCAUCCAUCCUCUGUGAAAAUCAUGAUUGUUGGGACUUGA